GUGGAGCCCUGGAUAUUUACUGAUAUUGUCGGAAGCUCUACAUUUUGUACCAUUAGAUGAACGAUUAGGUUUUGGUUAAUCUGUUCUUGUUUCAGAUUUAGUGGGAGGAAGUUCCAGAAAUGGUGAAGGAGAUGAGCUUAGAUUGUAGUUCAUGGUCCCUUCGCAUGCACAACCAUGUAUUAGUGAAGUUUGCCGUCUCAAUCCUUCUUAUGGGUCUUGCAUUUCGUCUCUUCUUCUCUGAUUCGAUUGGUUUUUCAUCUGUCCCUGAAACACCAUUGUUAGAGAGAAUAAAGGCUACUGAGAUUACGAUUCCUGUCAUGACGCCGGCUUCUGAGACUACGAUUCCUGUCAUGACGCCGCCUCCUGUGGCUACCCCGGAGAUUGAAGUUCACAGACCUUCUAAAGGCACCGAUUUCAUUGCAGAAAAAUGUGAUCUUUUCACUGGAGAUUGGAUCCCAAAUCCAUCAGGUCCGAUUUACACUAACGAUACUUGCUAUAACAUCGAAGAACAUCAGAAUUGCAUGAGUAAUGGGCGCCCUGAUUCUGGGUAUCUAUACUGGAGGUGGAAUCCAAGAGAUUGCGAGUUACCUCCGUUUAAUGCGGAAAGAUUUUUUGAGCUAAUGAGACAUAAAUCAUGGGCAUUCAUUGGAGAUUCAAUUUCUCGCAACCAUGUUCAGUCCUUUCUCUGCAUUCUUUCCAAGGUAGAGAAACCAGUUUUAGUCUAUCAUGACAAGGAAUACAAAUCCAAGAGGUGGCACUUUCCCUCCAACAAUUUCACCCUCUCAGUGUUCUGGUCCCCUUUCCUUGUACAAGCCAUUACAUUUGAAGACAACAAUGGUGUGGCAACAUCUGAGAUCCAGCUUUAUCUUGAUAAACUUGAUAAAAAAUGGACAGACCAAUAUCAGAACUUUGAUUAUAUUGUCAUUUCUGGAGGCAAAUGGUUUCUCAAGACUGCAAUCUACUAUGAGAACGACACAAUCGUGGGCUGCCACUACUGUCCCGGGAAGAACUUGACAGAGCUGGGAUUCGACAAUGUAUAUCGCAAAGUUCUUCAGCUGGUGCUUAACUUAUUCGUAACAUCCAAUCACAAGGGAUUGGUUUUUUUAAGGACCAGCACCCCAGAUCACUUUGAGAAUGGGGAAUGGUUCAGCGGAGGGACUUGCAAUAGAACGGUACCUUUUAAAGAAGGUGGGAUUGAUUUGAAAGAUGUAGACACUGUUCUUCGCAACAUUGAGUUACAGGAAUAUGAGAAGGCAGUGGCAGCCUUGGGAUCUGCGGCAGAUUUGAAACUAAAGUUUUUGGACACUACCCGACUUUCUUUGCUCAGGCCUGAUGGGCAUCCAGGACCUUACAGGAACCCACACCCAUUUGCGAACGGCAAAAAUUCCAAAGUUCAGAAUGACUGCUUGCAUUGGUGCUUGCCUGGGCCUAUUGAUGCCUGGAAUGAUCUGGUUAUGGAAAUGGUGGUAAAUAGUUGAAGACGUAGCUACGGAUUCAAGCCUUGGUAUCUUCAGGUUUUUCGAGAUUCUCAGAUUCUGCAGAUGUUUCAUCAACAAGCUGAGGGAGUGAUGGAAAACUGCCACAAGCUGUGAAUACCUUCCAAGUUCCAACCAUUCUUUCCCGGGCUGUCUCUGUAUCGGCUGUGAUUUGUAUGUUGUAUUGUCAAUUGGGUGAAAAGGAAGGUCUAUUCCCUGUAAAUUUAAUUUAAUUUUCACUAGUAUCUGGUCUUGUGUCUGGAGAAACUUCGACUCAAAGCUUAAGAAGCUAUUCUUUUAUCAC